AUGGCUGGUGACGACCUUGAUGAUGGAUUGGACUACUCGUACGAUGAUUUUGAAGAAGAAAAUGAUACGAUUGCUGGCGAAGCCGUUCAGUUAGAAGACAUGGAAGAUGCGAUGGCAUCUGAAGGGACUGCCAGUGAACAGGUCCAAGAAGAGACAAAGAAGUCUACGGAAAUUGAUGCUGAAGAUAAUACUAAUAAGAGAAAAAGAAAAAGUGACUCUUUUGUAAUCAAAAAGAAGCAACGUAUGGAACAUGAUAUUGAACAAAAAUUGAACCUUUCUACCGAAUCACCUGAAAGGAUUGCCGAGUUCUUUGGUUCCAAAGUCAGAGUAAAGUAUCCUGAUUUAACACCAUUGGAACUCUCAGAAUUAUAUAUUCCGAAGAAUGUAUUUAAAUAUACUGGAUUUUGGGAAAAGAAGAGAAAUUUGGAUGGGUUAAAGGGCUUUUUGGAAGACAACUUCAAGAAAUACCUACCAGAAAAAUCCCUAAAGAAGAAUAAUAAGAAAAACAAGGGCAAAAAGAAUAAUAAUAAUGAAGCUAAUGAAAGUGAAGAAGACAGAAAGUUCAUAUUAAUCCUUUCAUCAUCAGCUAUCAGAGUUUGUGAUGUUCACAGAGCCACAAAGGAUAUUUCAACCUCAUCUAUCAAGUUGAUCUCUAAAAACAAACUCAAAGAUGAUAUGAAGAUCUUGAAGACUACCAGGUCUAGAAUAUUAACAUCUACUCCUGCAAGAAUAACAAAGCUCUUGAAAACCGAAAACUCAUCCUUGAAAUUGUCUGAAAUUAAAGUGAUCAUUAUUGAUAGUUCUUAUUUGGAUCAAAAGAAGAGAAAUAUUUGGGAUUCGGAAGAGUUGUUUAGCAAUUUGAAAGACUUGACUAUUGAGGGUGCCAAGAUCCACCUUUUUUGA